AAGGUCUCGGCAAGAGGAGAGGAGAGGAGAGGGGAGGAGAGGACAGGACAGGAGGUAGGUAGUUUAGUUUGAGAAGCCAAAGGUUGUCUCACUCCCAGAAGACCACACAACAACUCUUUGGUUACUAGAAAUAGAGGCACUGAGGCUGAACACCGGUAAAGCUGCCAAGGAUCCCAGCAGUCAGGAAUGUGCAGCCUGCAAGCAGACAUUUCAGUACAUAACAGGAACUGAACAGAUGUAUCAUCAGCAACAGCUCCAUAACCAUAACCAGCACCUGUCCUCGAGGCCGGGCUUACCUCCUGAGAAGCAGUUCCUCCUGCAAGGAGGAGGAGAUGCAGGGCUGGUCCUCUCCACCGAUGCUAAGCCUCGGUUGAAAUGGACACCCGAGCUGCAUGAACGUUUUGUGGAGGCAGUACAUCAGCUAGGAGGGCCAGACAAAGCUACGCCGAAAACAAUCAUGAGGCUCAUGGGGAUCCCUGGACUCACCCUGUACCAUCUUAAGAGCCAUCUCCAGAAAUACAGACUCAGCAAGAAUCUCCAGGCCCAAGCUAAUGCUGUCAACGCAAAGAAUGCGUUAAGCUGCAGGACAGGAACAGACAACCCAUGCGAAGGGAGCGGAUCACCACCACCACACUUGAACCUAGAGCCCCAGAUAAACAGGUCAAUGCACAUAAGCGAAGCCCUCCAGAUGCAGAUCGAAGUUCAGAGACGGCUUCAUGAGCAGCUAGAGGUUCAGAGACACCUGCAGCUGCGGAUCGAAGCGCAGGGCAAGUACCUGCAGUCCGUGCUGGAGAAGGCGCAGGAGGCGCUGGCCAAGCAUAGCGGCGUCCACCUCGACGGCGGCGAGACGUCGACGCAGCAGCUGUCCGAGCUCAUCUCGAGAGCCACGGCGACGAGGCGCGCCCAUGUCCAGCAGGAUCACCAGCACCAGCACCAGCACCAGCACCAGCGCCACCUCGGCGGCGAUGGGUCGGUGGACAGCUGCCUGACCGCGUGCGAGGGAUCCCAGUGCCAGAGGGAGAGGGAGAGGGACCAGGACCUGCUGUCCAUCGGCCUCUCGUCCGCGACGCCUCCCACUCCCAGCAGGAGAGGCUACAACAACGACAGAUGCGGCGCCAUCUGCGAGGAGUUCCUGUUUCUUGACGAGCCCGGCAGGAGAGAACGAGGAGGAGGAGGAGGGUCCUCGGAUGAGCAUGGCCAGCAGGAGCUGGACCUCAGCAUCAACGGCAGGAGCAAUCCACCAAAGCCACGCGACAGCCAAAGGAUCGACCUGAACGGGUCCAGCUGGAAUUGAUUAUCGUCGUUCAGCAAGGAGUUUCAGAAAAGACAGGUCUUCUUCCUCGUAGCUUAGCUGCAGUACUGAAAAUGGCCAGGGGUCACAGAUGUGCUGUUCUGUGCACUUCCAUGCCUUGCAGCCGUUUGCAGUAACAGUAAGAUCUGGGGUACUAGCACCGACAGCCUGCGCGUUGUCGUCCAUGCAUCCGCCAUGGAUCCAUGGUGCAGCAAAUAACUAAGAAGUGACUGAUGAUGAUGAUGAUGAUGGAUUAUUGGCGGUGAAAUUUAGUUUAUAUGAGGGCAUGCGAGAAAGAGAACCCAGAUGUUCUCCUCUGCCGUCUGAUUAGUUAACUCUGUAGAUCUAUGUGUAUGAUAUAUGCUACGUAGUACAUUUUUUUUU